AUGAGUUACAAUCGAGAUUCUUAUGGGCAAUCCCGAGGAGACGAUCCUUACUCCGGCAAUUAUGUUGCCAGGUCUGGUAGAUACGAAGCACGAGACGGAGAUCCCAGAGAUCGAAACCCAAGAGUAAGAGACCAAAGAGUAAGAGACCAAAGAGUAAGAGACUCCAGAGACAGAGAUCCUCGAGACAGAGAUCCUCGAGACAGGGCAAGAGAUACAAGAGGGCCAGAUCCAAGGGCCAGAAGAGACAACAGAUACGACGGUUAUAGAGAUGGAUAUGACAGCAGAGAAAAUAAGGGACGGUACAAUGGAUCUAGAGCCCGCUAUGAUGAUAGAAGCUCGUAUAACCGAGCUGACCAUGGACGAGAGCGAAGACCCAAGACUCAAGAAGCGCCAGUGGAUCCAGAUGCUGGUCUUUCUAAGGAUGAAAUAAUCACCAAGUACGAGAACAGACUUAUAGGGCUUCUAAAAUAUCCUGCCAUCGAAGUGUUUCCUGUGGCCAGCUCUCAGUGGGGUAGUAAGCCGAAAGGCUUUGAAACUGUUACAGCUCAAAGAGCCAAGUUGUCGGGAUUGUUCCCAUUGCCUGGAGCUCCACGACCCAUCGACUUAACUAAAGUCGAGGGAUCUCUACAGGAUGGAAUGACAGAGACGGGCGUUCUUCUAGGGGCGUCCAAGAUAGACCCUGCCGACUCGAGAAACUCAUGCAUUAUCAUUGCAAAAGAUAUUGAUUUUCUGCAAGUAGAUCACAUGAAGGUGGCCGAAUACUUCAAUAGAUUUCUCUGUUCGGUGGAUCUCAAGGGAACUGCACUAGACAACAACAUCGAGAAAAAAAGAAAGAACAGAGACAACCAAAAUAUGAUCAUUGAGUUCAAGAACAAUACUUGUGCAACAUUGGCAUUGGCAUUGGACGGCAAGAAAAUAUCUGGUGCAGAAGUUUGUAUCAAUGAGGGAAGUGUACCCGAAGAUAUCACGUUGAAGUUAGAGAGACCUGGCGAAUACGUGGUACAAUGUCUUCCACCAUACGACUCCGAAUCUGAUGUACUCGACGAAGUCAAAGAUAGCCCAAGAAAGAUCACGAUUUUCGUCGAUAAAUCUGCCACUGAAACUGCAUUGACUGAUGCACUCUCUUCAGUAGCCAAGUUAAGAGCGUUUCAAUUAUUGAGAGAAGUCGGCACAAAAGAUCUGACAGGCAUCGCAUAUGUUGAGUACUUUGUUGACCCCAAGCGAUACCCAAACACAAAAAGUGCGUUGAAAUUGAUUUCAGACUACGUGGAUGAAACGAAGGAAUUGGAGUUGGUCAAGGACGUCAGGUUCUCCUGUGUGAAGAUCUCCUCCGACAAGGGUAUCGAAACCAGCAUCCAAGACUGUCCAAUUGACUUCAAGACCCUUCGAGCACUUGUCAGGAACGAGUAUGUUCCCUUCCAUCCAAAGCUGAGAGUGAUCCAACUAAUCAAUGCUGUCACCGCUACAGACUUGAGCAACGACGAAACAUACAAUUUCGUGAAACAGGAUAUCCUUGAGGAAGCCAAGGAGUUUGGAGCUGUGGUGUCGUGGAAAAUGCCUAAGCCUCCUAAAGAUUUUGUUCCUGGGUUGCAACAGUUUAACCAGCCAGGACUAGGGAAGGUUUAUCUUGAAUUUGAAGAUGAGAAGAUUGCCCUCAGUGCUCUCAUGGGACUAGCGGGCCGUUCCUACAAUGAUCGAACCGUUCUUUGUGCAUUCUACAGCCGUGACGAUUACUUACAAGGAUUGUUAUGA